UAUUCAAGAUGUUGGCGGAAUUUGAUAAGCUAUUGACCGAUCAAGCUGAGCUACAGGGAAUGUCACGGAUGUUAGACGAUGGCAUGGGAAGAAUGCACUCUGCUCCGUUAUCGCACUUCCCUCAUAGACUGUGGGACGUCAACAUCAUUCUCAAAGGAGGGAUGAAUCUGCACAAUCACCAAGACCCGGCUUUCAGUAAAGGCCUUGACGAAUUCGUCAAGACAAUCUGGUUUGAACCGGGACAAUCACUCAUCAUCUUCUGGUGCGAGAACGGCAACAUCCUUUGUCGGAAUAGCCAAAAUCCAGAGAAUCGGCAAACAGCCUUAUUGGCAAUAUCGCAUCCAAGCAUGACAACAGACCCUCACAUCUUUACAAACUGGGCACUCAGCCCGGAUGAGCUUGUUGAUCGCUGA